AUGCCGGGAGCGGCGAGGCCCGGCGCGGUGCGGAGCUGCAUCCUGGCCGCGGUGCUGCUCUGCGUGGCAGCGGAAGCCGCCAGCGGGCGGUGGUGCGAGUGGACGGAGCAGGUCGCGGUGGCGGUGGCGGUGACGCCGCGGCGCGAGGCGGCGGUGCCCUGCACCCGCGUGUACCAGUACAGCCGGGCGGGCUGGCGCGUCGACCGGGACCGCACGCGGCGCGCCGCCGGCCCCGCGGCCCCCGGCCCGGCCCCCUGCUACCUGUACAGGCCCCCGGAGACGCGCCCGGCGCUGCGGGACCGCACGGUGCGCGCCUGCUGCCCCGGCUGGAGCGGCCCCCGCUGCACCCGAGGCGCGGCCCUGCUGGGGCGCUGCUACGCCGGCCGGCAGUGCCGGGACGCGCCGGGCGCCGGCGACCCGUCGCCCACGAGCCUGGCCGAGUGCUGCGGGCGGCCCGGCGGGCGCAGCUGGCGCCGUGGCCCCCCGGCACGCUGCCUCGCCUGCGCCCGCCCGCCGCCCGCCGCCGCGCUGGCGGCCCCGACGGCGCAGCCGGCCGCCCCCGGGGCCCCGCGCCGGCCCCGGCGCCCCUCCGCCGCCUGCCUCGCCUGGGCCGGCUCCCGCUACCGCAGCUUCGACGGCACCCACUUCCGCUUCGCCGGCGGAUGCGCCUACAGCCUGGCGGUUGCCACCGACGGCACCUGGGCCAUCUCCAUCGACGCUGGCAGCCCCCGGGCGCUGCACAUGACCUUCGGGCUGGAUGCCGUGGCGGUGCGGGGCCGUGCCGUUUCCGUGAACGGGGCGCCGGUGCUGGAGGGAGAGCCCCACCUGCGCAACGGCAUCGGCAUCUGGUGGCUGGGCGACUUCCUGGUGGUGGAGAGCAGCCUGGGCGUGCGGGUCAUGACGGACGGGCGCGGCACCGUGUCGGUGACGGUGGACGCGGAGCUGCGUGGCGGCACGAGGGGGCUCUGCGGCCCCUACAACGACGACCCGGCCGAUGACUUCCAGCAGCUCGGCGGGGAGGUGGCGGCGCUCGCCGCCAGCUUCGGCAACUCCUGGCGGAUCCCGGACGGCGGCUCGGAGCUCGCUUGCAGGGACGCGGCGGAGGACGGCCCCGGCUGCGGCACGGCGGCGGGCCGCGCGCGGCGCCCGGCGGCCGAGGCCCUGUGCGGGAAGCUGCUCGCCGACCCCUUCAGCCGGUGCCACGGCGAGGUCGACCCCCGCGGCUUUUACGACGCCUGCCUGGACACGUACUGCCGGGAGCCCGGCGCGGGGCCCUCGCCGCCCGCCGCCGUCUGCGACACCUUCGCCAGCUACGCCCGCGAGUGCGCCCAGCGCCGAGCCGCCGUCGACUGGCGGGGCCCGGGCUUCUGCGAGAAGCAGUGUGGCCCCGGGAAGCGCUACUCGGACUGCGUGUCGUCGUGCCCGGCGAGCUGCGCCGCCGCGGGCAGCGCCGAGGAGGAGCACUGCCGCGACGACUGUGCCGGCGGCUGCGAGUGCCGCCCGGGGCUCUACCUGGAGCGGGGCGCCUGCGUCCCCGAGAGUGCCUGCCCCUGCCUCCACCGCCGCCGGCAGUACGCGCCGGGCCAGAGCAUCCGCCAGAGCUGCAACCGGUGCACGUGCCGCGGCGGGCGCUGGCUGUGCACGCGGGAGCGCUGCUCGGCGGAGUGCGCCGUGCUCGGCCACCGGCACUACGCCACCUUCGACGGCAAGCGCUUCUCCCUCGCCGGCGCCUGCGAGUACACGCUGGUGCAGGACUUCGUCGAGGGCGCGCUGCUCAUCACGGCCGAGCACGGGGACUGCGGCAGCCGGGAGCCGCCGGGCUGCCUCCGCGGCCUCGCCGUCACCGCGCGCGGGACCUCGGCGCGCCUCCACGCCACAGGCGAGGUGACGGUGGACGGGAAGGCGGUGACGCUGCCCUUCGCCGGCGCCGACGUGACCAUCCGCCGCGCCUCCUCCGCCUUCGUGCUGCUGCAGGCCCUGGGCGCCCACGUGCUCUGGGGGCUGGAGACCCCCGCCCUGUACAUCACCCUGCCGCCCGCCUACGCCGACAAGGUGCGGGGGCUCUGCGGCACCUACAACUGGGACCAGCGGGACGAGUUCGCCACGCCGGCGGGCGACGUGGAGGCCGGCGUCUCCGCCUUCGCCGACAAGUACCGGGUGGCGGGCGCCUGCCCCGCGCUCGGCCCCUUCCCCUCGGACCCCUGCGGCGCCUCCGCGCAGCGGCGCGACUCCGCCGAGGCCGCCUGCGCCGUCCUGCACGGCCCGGCCUUCCAGCCCUGCCACGACCUGGUGGAGCGGGAGCCCUUCUACCAGCUGUGCGUGUGGGACGCCUGCGCCUGCGCCGCCGGCCGCAGCUGCCUGUGCCCCGCGCUGGCCGCCUACGCCCGGCGCUGCGCCCAGGAGGGCGCAACCCUCUCCUGGCGCAACCGGACCCUGUGCGGCGUGCCGUGCGGCGGCGGGCAGGCGCACCAGGAGUGCGGCCGGCCCUGCGGCGGGACCUGCGCCGAGCUGCGCCUGGGCGCCGCCGCCGCCGCCUGCCCGCGCCUCGAGGGCGUCUGCGUGCCCGGCUGCAACUGCCCCCCGGGGCUGGUGCUGGACGACGGCGGGCAGUGCGUCCCGCCGGGCGCCUGCCCCUGCCGGCACGGCGGCGAGAGCUACGCGCCGGGCAGCACGAUCCGCGAGAGCUGCAACGCCUGCGUCUGCGCCGCCGGCGCCUGGAACUGCUCCGCCGGCGCCUGCCCCGCGGCCGCGCGGUGCCCCGGCGAGCUGGUCUACGCCGCCGGCUCCUGCCUGCGCACCUGCGACGGCGCCGAGCCCGGCGGGGCGUGCGCGGGCCGCGCCGACGGCUGCGUCUGCCCGCCGGGCACCGUGUUCCUGGACGGGCGCUGCGUGUCGCCGGAGCGCUGUCCCUGCCUGCACAACGGGCGCCGGUACCGGCCCAACGACACCAUCGCCCGGGAGUGCAACACCUGCGUGUGCCGCCGGCAGCGCUGGCACUGCAGCAGCCGGCAGUGCGCCGGCACCUGCGUGGCCACGGGCGACCCGCACUACAUCACCUUCGACGGCAGAGCCUUCUCCUUCCCGGGCGACUGCGAGUACGUGCUGGCGCGCGAGGCCGGCGGCCUCUUCUCCGUCACCGCCGAGAACGUGCCCUGCGGCACCGGCGCCGUCACCUGCACCAAGUCGGUGGUGGUGGUGCUGGGCAGCACCGUGGUGCACAUGCUGCGAGGCAGGGAGGUGACGGUGAACGGGGUCCCCGUGCGGCCCCCCAAGCUCUACGGCGGCAACGGGCUGGCGCUGGAGCGGGCCGGCCUCUUCCUCGUCCUCAUGUCCCACCUGGGGCUCACGGUGCUCUGGGACGGAGGCACCCGCGUGUACGUGAGGCUGGAGCCGCGGCACCGGGGCCGCGUGGCGGGGCUCUGCGGCGACUUCGACGGCGACGCCGGCAACGACUUCGCCAGCCGGCAGGGCGUCCUGGAGCCCACCGCCGACCUCUUCGGCAACUCGUGGCGCGUCAGCCUGCUCUGCCCGGAGGCGGACGGCGAGGACGCGGGGCACCCCUGCACCGAGAACCCGCACCGCGUGCCCUGGGCCCGCAAGCGCUGCGGCGUGCUCGCGCGGCGCCUCUUCGCGCCCUGCCACGACGCCGUGCCCUGGCAGCAGUUCUACGACUGGUGCGUCUUCGACGCCUGCGGCUGCGACUCCGGCGGCGACUGCGAGUGCCUCUGCACGGCCAUCGCCGCCUACGCCGAGCAGUGCAGCCAGCGCGGCGUCCACGUCCGCUGGCGGAGCCAGGAGCUGUGCCCGCUGCAGUGUGACGGCGGGCGCGAGUACACGGCCUGCGGCCCCCGCUGCCCGCCGAGCUGCCGCACGCGGGGCCUGGAGCUGCCGGAGCGCUGCCGGAGCGCGUCCUGCCUGGAGGGCUGCUUCUGCCCCGAGGGCAAGGUGCUGCACGAGGACAGCUGCGUCGAGCCCUCCGAGUGCCCCUGCUACUGGGAGGGCACCUCCUUCCCCGCCGGGGCCGUGCUGCAGCGGGACUGCCGGAACUGCACGUGCGAGGCCGGGCUGUGGCGGUGCGGCUCCGCGGCGGAGCCCUGCGCGGCCGAGCGGCGCUGCGCCGAGACGGAGUUCACCUGCCGGACGGGCGGGCGCUGCGUGCCCGGCGCCUGGGUCUGCGACAACGAGGACGACUGCGGCGAUGGCUCGGACGAGUUCUGCGCCCUGCGCUGCGCCCCGCACCAGCACCGCUGCGCCAGCGGGCAGUGCGUGCCCUGGGGCGCCCGCUGCGACGGCACCGCCGACUGCCUCGAUGCCUCGGACGAGGGCGGCUGCCCCGCGCCCGCCUGCGGCCCGGGGGAGUUUCGCUGCGCCGGCGGGCGCUGCAUCCCCCGGGCGCGCGUCUGCGACGGCGAGCUGGACUGCGGCUUCGCCGACGACUCCGAUGAGGCAGACUGCAGCCUGAGCUGCGGGGCCGGCGAGUACCGCUGCGCGGCGGGGCGCUGCGUGCCCUACCUGCAGCGCUGCGACGGGCACGACGACUGCGGCGACUCCAGCGACGAGCACGAGUGCGUGUGCCCGGGCGGCCACUUCCAGUGCCCCGAGGCCGCCUGCCUGCCCCCAGACGCCGUGUGCGACGGCAGGGACGACUGCGCCGCCGGCGCCGACGAGGCCGUCUGCCCAGGCCGGGUGACCUGCGCCCCGGGGCAGCUCCCCUGCCCCGACGGCUCGUGUGUCGGCGGCGCCAAGCUCUGCGACGGCACCCGGGACUGCGAGGACGGCGCGGACGAGAGCCCGGCGCGCUGCGCGGCGCCCGCCGCCGUGCCGGCCAGCCCGGCGCCCGCCGAGCACACGGCAGCCCCGCCGUGCGGGCGCCACGAGUUCCUGUGCCGGAGCGGGGCGUGCAAGCCGCGGGGCUGGGUGUGCGACGGCGAGGCCGACUGCCCCGACGGCAGCGACGAGCUGCGCUGCAACCGCAGCUGCGGGCCGCAGCAGUUCCCCUGCGCCCGCGGCGCCGAGUGCAUCCCCUACGGCCACCUCUGCGACGGCGUGCCCCACUGCCGCGACCGCUCGGACGAGAGCGCCGACGCCUGCGGCUCCACGCGGAUCCCGCCGUGCCCGGGCCACUUCGCCUGCAACAACCGGCUGUGCGUGAACGCGUCGCGGGCGUGCGACGGCGCCGCGGACUGUCCCCAGGGCGAGGACGAGCUGGGCUGCGAGGGCCGCGUCCCCGCGGGCGGGAGGAACGGCACGGCCGGCCCCUGCGCCGAGUACGCCUGCGGCGACGGCACGUGCAUCGCCUUCCGGCAGGUGUGCGACGGGCUGGCGGACUGCGGCGACGGCGGCGCCGCCGGGGGCUGGCUGCCCUCGGACGAGCGCGGCUGCGGGCUCUGGAGCCCCUGGGCGCCCUGGAGCGCCUGCAGCCGCAGCUGCGGCCCCGGGCGGCAAGCGCGCGCGCGGCGCUGCACCCGGCGCGCCCCCGGCGUGCUGCACCACUGCCGCGGCGAGGCCACGCAGGCGCGCCAGUGCUUCAGCCUCGCCUGCCCCGUGGACGGCGCCUGGAGCGAGUGGGCGACGUGGUCCAACUGCACGGCGGACUGCCGCGGCGUGGUGGUGCGGCGCCGGGGCUGCGUGCCCCCCCAGAACGGCGGCCGCCGCUGCGCCGACCUGCCCGGCGCGGCCCCCGCCACCCUGGAGCUCGACACGUGCCGGCUGGGUGACUGCCCCAACGUCACGGCGUGCCCCGCGGGGCUGGUGUGGCACGAAUGUGCCCCCUGCCCCGCGUCCUGCGCCGACCUCGCCGGCCGGGGCGAGUGCAGCCGCCCGCGGCCCUGCAGCCCAGGCUGCUGGUGCGCGGCGGGGCUGGUGCUGGACGGCGAGCGGCGGUGCGUGCGCCCCCGCGCCUGCCCCUGCGAGCUGGACGGGCUGCGCUACCGGCCGGGGCAGCUGGUGAAGGCGGACUGCCGCAUCUGCGCCUGCCACGACGGGCAGCUCAAGCGCUGCCGCCGCAACCCCGAGUGCACGGUGAACUGCGGCUGGUCGGCGUGGUCGCCCUGGGGCGACUGCCUGGGGCCCUGCGGCGUGCAGAGCAUCCAGUGGUCCUUCCGCAGCCCCAACAACCCCAGCGAGCGCGGCGGCGGGCGGCAGUGCCGCGGCAUCUACCGCAAGGCGCGCAGGUGCCAGACGGAGCCGUGCCGGCAGUGCCAGCACGAGGGCCGGCCCCGCGCCCUGGGGGACCGCUGGCGCUGGGGGCAGUGCCACGUGUGCCAGUGCCUGCCGGACCUGACGGUGCAGUGCUCGCCCUACUGCCCCUACGGCCCGGCCGCCUGCCCCGAGGGCCGGGUGCUGGUGGAGGGCCAGGGAGAUGCCUGCUGUUACUGCGCCCGAGCCGGGCACAACGGCACGGCGGCCCCGGCGGCCCCCCGGCCCCCGGCGGCCCCCACCAGCAGCCCCCUCCUCACCUUCCCGCUGCCUCCCCCGGGCGAGCCCUGCUACGGCCCGCUGGGCGUCGCGGCGCUGCCGGACAGCAGCUUCACGGCCUCCGCGGAGCAGGCGGGGAACCCCGCGCGCGCCGGGCGCCUCCACCGCGCCUCCCCGGGGCUGGCGCUGCAGGGCUGGGCGCCGCCGGCCGACGCGUACCCCCAGCUCCUCUCCCGGCCGCCCUACCUGCAGCUGGACCUGCUGCAGCCCAGGAACCUCACGGGCGUGGUGGUGCAGGGAGCCGGCUCCAGCGACGCCUUCGUCACCGCCUUCCUCCUGCAGUUCAGCGCCGACGGCGUCCACUGGCAUGACUACCGCGAGCUCUUCCAGGGCAACUCUGACGACACGACGCCGGCGGUGCGGACCUUCGGGCGCGUGCUUCAGGCCCAGCACGUCCGCAUCCUGCCCCGAGACUUUCACAACGGCAUCUUCCUCCGAGCCGAGCUGCUGGGCUGCCCCGCGGGUGAGCCCAGCCUCCCCCUCGCCCCAGGCGCCGGCGUGCCGGAGCCCGCGGCGACACCGGGGCCCGCGGCGGCGGCGGUGGCCGAGCUGGUGACGCUGAUGAAGCCGCUGGCGACGGCAGGGGAGCCGGGAGCCGGAGCCGGCGGCGCCGCCGUGCCCACGCGGCCCGGGCUGAGCGUCGCCCUGCCCGCCACGCUGCAGAGCCCCGCUCCGUCCGCGGGGUCCCCCAGGCCGGGCAUGGCCCCCACGCUGCCCCCGAGCCCCACAGCCCCGCUGCUGCCCCGGCUCCUGUGUGCCCGCGGGCAGUUCGCCUGCGCGGUGCUGGGCUGCGUGGAGGCCGCCGCCGUCUGCGACGGGCGGGAGGACUGCCUGGACGGCUCCGACGAGGCGCAGUGCGGCGGCCCCACAGCCUCGGCCAGCCCCAUGGUGCCCACGGCCUGGCCCCCCGCCUGCUCCCCCAAGCAGUUCUCCUGCGGCUCCGGGGAGUGCCUCGCCCCGGACAAGCGCUGCGACCUGCGCCGCGACUGCGCCGACGGCUCCGACGAGAGCCGCUGCGUCGACUGCAUCGUGUCCGCCUGGAGCGGCUGGAGCGAGUGCAGCCGCUCCUGCGGGCUGGGGGUCACCUUCCGCCGGCGGGAGCUGCUGCGAAACGCCCUGCCGGGGGGCACCUGCGACCGCCGCGACUUCGACAGCCGCUCCUGCUUCCUCGGUGCCUGCCCAGUGCAUGGCGCCUGGGCCCCGUGGGGCGCCUGGUCGCCCUGCGACGCCGAGUGCCGGGGGGGCGUGCGGAGCCGCGCUCGGAGCUGCGCCGACCCCCCGCCCAAGAACGGGGGCCGGCCCUGCCCGGGGGACGCCGUGCAGACCCAGCCCUGCAACCUGCAGCCCUGCGGGGACGCCCGAGACUGCGGCCCCGAGAUGGUGUUCGUGCAAGCGGGCGACUGCGAGCGGGGCCUGGCGUCCCCGUGCGCCCCGACCUGCGGGGACCUGAGCACCGCGCGGAGCUGCCAGAGCCCCUGCGAGGAGGGCUGCCGGUGCCCGCCGGGGCUCUUCCUGCAGGAGGGCGGCUGCGUGAACGCCAGCCAGUGCCGCUGCCACGCGGGCUGGGAGCGCCGCCUCCCCGGCGAGACGUUCCUGCGCGACGGCUGCAGCCGGUGCGUGUGCCUGGACGGGGUGGUGACGUGCGAGGAGGCGGCCUGUCCCGUCGCCUGCGGCUGGUCGGCGUGGUCGGCGUGGACGGCGUGCGACCACAGCUGCGGCGCGGGCAUGCAGCAGCGGUUCAGGUCCCCCUCCAACCCCGCGGCGGCCCACGGCGGAGCCCCGUGCGACGGGGACGCCCAGGAGGUGCGCGAGUGCCACGCGCCCUGCGCCGCCGAGCCAGGCAGCGCCUGGAGUGCCUGGACGUCCUGGUCCCCCUGCUCCAAAACCUGCUUCCAUGACGUGGACCGGGUCGGCGUGAGGAAGCGCUUCCGGCACUGCGUCGGCGCGGGGCCGGCGGGCGCCGGGGCCUGCCCGGGGCCGGCGGAGCAGGAGGAGCUCUGCGACACGCCGCCCUGCCCGGCGGCCGGCGCCUGGACGCCCUGGACUGCCUGGUCCGAGUGCUCGGCUCCCUGCGACGUCGGCGUGCAGACGCGCAACCGCUCCUGCGCCCACCCGGCCUUCGGGGGCCCCGGCUGCGCGGGGCCCCUCGUCCAGACCCGCGACUGCAACACGCAGCCCUGCAAAGCGCGCUGCCCCGGCGGCAUGGUCUACCGGACGGCGGAGGAGUGCCGGCGCGCCGGGGGCGCCUGCCCGCGGCUCUGCCUGGAGCAGGGCGCCGGCGUGGAGUGCGCGGCCCGCUGCUACGACGGCUGCUACUGCCCCGCCGGGCUCUUCCUGCAGAACGACACCUGCGUGCCGCGCAGCCAGUGCCUCUGCUACCACCGCGGCGCCCUGUACCGGCCCGGCGACACUGCCGCCCGCGACGCCUGCAACAACUGCACCUGCAUGUCCGGGGAGAUGCUGUGCGGCACGGAGCCGUGCCCAGUGCACUGCGGCUGGAGCGGCUGGACGGCGUGGAGCGCCUGCAGCCGCAGCUGCGACGUGGGCACGCGCCGGCGGCACCGCGCCGGCUCCGCUCCGCCGGCCGCCUUCGGGGGCCGCGACUGCCGGGGCCCCGGCGUGCAGACGGAGUUCUGCAGCCUGCGGCCCUGCCGCGCCGGAGCCGAGUGGGGGCCCUGGUCGGAGUGCUCGGCGCCCUGCGGGGCCGGCUACAGGAACCGCACGCGGGCCGGCCCCCUCCCCGGCGACCUCCAGUUCGGCACCUGCAACCUCGCGCCCUGCCCCGGCGAGGCGCCCGGCGUCUGCCCGCCCGGCAAGGUGUGGAAGGAGUGCGCCGACGUCCCGGGCUCCUGCGCCGAGCUGAGCGCCGCCCCCGCCGCCAACGGGACCUGCCGCGCCGGCUGCUACUGCCCGCCGGGUGCCGUGCUGCUGAACGGCGAGUGCGUGGCCGAGGCGGAGUGCCCCUGCGCUGCCGGUGGUGAGCUCUACCCGCCCGGAGCCGUCGUGCCCCGGGGCUGCGAGAACUGCUCCUGCGUCGCCGGACGCAUCGCCAACUGCUCCCGGGCGGCUUGCGGCGAGGCGAGCGGGCGCUGGUCCGCCUGGACGCCCUGGAGCGAGUGCUCGGCCUCGUGCGGGCUGGGCCUGCAGCGCCGCUACCGCUUCUGCGCGGCCGCCCGCGGCGUCGGGGCCGGGCCGCCCUGCCCGGGGCCGGGGCCGCAGCCCGACGAGCGGCCCUGCGUCCUGGAGCCCUGCGCCCCCCCGGACUGCGCCGCCGUGCCGGGAGCCGCCUACAGCCGCUGCGGCCCCCCGUGUCCCCGCUCCUGCGACGACAUCGCGCACUGCACCUGGCGCUGCGAGCCCGGCUGCUACUGCCCGCCGGGCCAAGUGCUGGACCCGCGCGGGCCGGCGUGCGUGGCCCCGACGAGCUGCCCCUGCCUCGAGCUGCUGACGGGGCGCCGCUACCUGCCCGGGGAGACCGUCGCCCGCGGGGACGGCUGCAACAACUGCACCUGCACCCAGGGGAAGCUGCUGUGCACCAGCCGUCCCUGCCCCGUGCCCGGCGCCUGGUGCGACUGGUCCCCGUGGACGCCGUGCUCGCGGAGCUGCGGCGGCGAGGCCGCCAGCCGCUACCGCGCCUGCUCCUGCCCCCGGCCCCGGCACGGCGGCCAGGCGUGCGCCGGCGAGCAGGAGCGGCACGGCGACGCCGGGCUGCAGCGCCAGAGCAAGGAGUGCGCCGCUGCCGCAGCCGCCUGCCCCGUGGACGGCGCCUGGAGCGCCUGGGGCCCCUGGUCCGCCUGCGAGGGCUGCGCGGGGCGGGCGACGCGCGCCCGGCUCUGCGCCAGCCCCGCCGCCCGCUUCGGGGGUCUGCCCUGCGCCGGGGAAGCCCUCCAGAGCCGGCCCUGCCCCGAGGGGAGCACCGCCUGCCAAGCCUGCGGCGGCGGCCGGGUGCCCCUCGCCUGCGGCCAGCCCUGUCCGCGCUCCUGCGAGGACCUGCACGAGGACACGGCCUGCCUGGAGGGCCCGCCGUGCCAGCCCGCCUGCGCCUGCCCGCCCGGGCUGCUGCUCCAGGACGGCGCCUGCGUGCGCCCCGACCGCUGCCGCUGCAAGUACCGCUACGGCUCGCUGGGCGACGCUGCACCGGGCGCUGCCGCGCCGGGCGACACCAUGCUGGGUGACGCCGCGCCGGGUGACGCCACGCCGGGUGACACCACACCGGGUGACACCACGCCGGGCAACACCAUGCUGGGUGACGCCGCGCCGGGUGACACCACGCCGGGUGACACCACGCUGGGUGGCACCGUGCCAGGGUCCCCCCGGGCAGUGAACGCCUCGGCCGGGGCCGGCAUGGUGCUGUGGGAGCUCCUGCAGCCCGGCGAGAGCGUGCACGGCCCCUGCGUGAACUGCACGUGCGAGGCCGGGCAGCUGCAGUGCCGUGCGGCACCCGGGUGCCGCGCAGACGGCGCCUGGGGCUCCUGGGGGCCGUGGACGCCCUGUGACCCUGGCUGCGGCGCCGGCACCCAGCUCCGCUCCCGCGAGUGCAGCAACCCGGCGCCCCAGGGCGGGGGCCGGGGCUGCCGUGGACAGAGCCUGCAGCAGCGCGCCUGCGUCGCGGAGGACGCCUGUGCGGAGGAGGAGCCGUGGGGCGAGUGGUCACCGUGGGGGCCGUGCAGCGCGUCCUGCGGCGGCGGGGAGCAGCUGCGCAGCCGGGCCUGCCGCCGGCCCGAGUGCCCGGGGCCGCCCGUGCAGGGCAGGACCUGCAACACCCAGGUGUGCCGCGAGGCGGGCUGCCCGGCGGGGCGGCAGUUCCGCGAGUGCCGCCGGGGCGAGGGCUGCCCCUACAGCUGCGCCCAGCUGGCGGGGCGCGUGGCCUGCUUCGCCCAGCCCUGCGAGGAGGGCUGCCACUGCCCCCCCGGCGCCCUCCUGCACCGCGGCGCCUGCCUCCAGGAGUGCCCCUGCGUGCUCCCCGAAGAGGCGCUGCGGGAGCUGCACGGCGGCUCGGCUGCGCCGCCGCAGCGGGAGGUGCCGCACGGCAGCACCCUCAGCUCUGCCUGCACCAACUGCACGUGCGAGCACGGGCGGCUGCGGUGCUCGGAGCCGCGCUGCCCGCGCCCCGGCGGCUUCGCGCCCUGGGGGCCCUGGAGCGGCUGCGCCGGCCCCUGCGGCGGCCUCGGCCGGCGGAGCCGCGCGCGGGGCUGCACCCGCCCGGCGCCCGCCCGCGGCGGCCGCCCCUGCGCGGGGCCGCGCACCGACACGCGCCCCUGCCGCGUGCCCCAGUGCGCAGCGCCGUCUGCCCCGGCCGCGCUUCCUGCUCCCACCGUGCUGCCGCUGCCCCCGGAGCCGGACGCAGGCGCCGGCGGCUUCGGCGCGUGGUCGCCCUGGGGCCCCUGCUCCCGCACCUGCACCCGGCCCGAGCUGCCCGCCACGAAGAGCCGCCGCCGCCUCUGCGCCCCGGCCGCCAACUGCACCGGGGACUCCUUCCAGGAGCUGCCCUGCAACCUGCCCCACUGCGCGGCAGCGGCGGCGUGCCAGGGAGAGGAGUGCGCCGGGGUGAACUGCACGUGGACGCCGUGGGGGCCGUGGGGCGCCUGCUCCCGCAGCUGCGGCGGGGGCCUGCAGCAGCGCCUGCGCGCCUACACCCCCCCCGGGCCGGGGGGCCGCUGGUGCGAGGCCGCGCUCAGCGCCCACGCGCAGCGCCGCCGCUGCAGCCCGCAGCCCUGCCGAGUGGACGGCGCCUGGUCCAAGUGGAGCCCCUGGUCGCGGUGCGACCGGACGUGCGGGGGGGGCCGCGCCGUGCGCACCCGCUCCUGCACCGGCCCCCCGCCCAAGAACGGCGGGCAGCGCUGCCGCGGCGAGCGGCGCCGCCUGCGCGUCUGCAACGCCCGGCCCUGCGGGGAGAGCUGCCCGCCCGGCAUGGCCCCGGCGCCCUGCGCCAACCGCUGCCCGCGCCGCUGCCGCGACCUGCAGGAGGGCAGCGCCUGCCAGGACGAGGAGCCCUGCGAGCCGGGCUGCCGGUGCCCCGACGGGACGCUGGAGCAGGACGGCGGCUGCGUCCCCCCCGCGCACUGCGAGUGCACGGACGCGGAGGGCCACGGCUGGGCGCCGGGCAGCCGGUUCCACGACGGCUGCAACAACUGCACGUGCGCCGAGGGGCGGCUGUGGUGCACCGACCGGACCUGCGCGCCCCGGCACUGCGGCUGGAGCCAGUGGUCCAGCUGGUCCGAGUGCAGCGUCACCUGCGGGGACGGCCUGCAGGCACGCUUCAGGUCGCCCACGUCAGGCUCGGGGGCCGGCGAGUGCCGCGCGGAGCAGCAGGAGAGCCGGGGCUGCGCGGCGGGGCGCUGCCCGCCGCUGUGCCCGCACGGCGCGGGGGAGCGGCGCCUGGGCGACGCGUGGCUGCAGGGCGACUGCCAGCAGUGCACCUGCACCCCGGAGGGACCCUCGUGCCGGGACGUCGCCUGUGCCGGGCAGGAGCAGUGCGCCUGGAGCGAGUGGAGCCCCUGCUCCCGGAGCUGCGGCACGGGGCUGGCCGCCCGCGAGGCCGCCUGCGCCUGCCCGGCCCCCGCGGCGCCCGGCGCCCCGUGCAACGGCAGCGCCCGCCGGGAGCUGCGCGCCUGCUACCUGCGCCCCUGCCCAGACGAGUGUCCCUGGAGCGCCUGGGGCGCCUGGAGCCCCUGCUCCUGCGGCCUCCCGCUGCAGCGCCGCUACCGGCACCGGCUCGGCUCGGAGCUCUGCGCCGCGCUCGACGCGCAGCUCCGCGUCUGCAACAGCUCGGGCUGCGCAGGCAGCUGCCGGCCGCCGCUGGAGCCGCGGCAGUGCGGCUCGCCGUGCGCGGGGCUCUGCGCCAGCAGGCAGCACCCGGGGCUCUGCGCCGAGCUGCCCUCCUGCCUGCCCGGCUGCUUCUGCCCCCAGGGGCUGCUGGAGCAGAGCGGGGCCUGCGUGCCGCCCUCGCAGUGCGGCUGCCUGCACGGCCGCGGGCUGGACGGCCCCGUGGCCCUGGCCCCCGGGGACACCAUCCUGCUGGGCUGCAAGGAGUGCGUGUGCCGGGACGGGACCCUGCAGUGCAGCAGCGACGGCUGCCAGGGGCUGCUCCCGCUGAGUGACUGGUCGGAGUGGACGCCGUGCAGCGCCUGCCUGCCCCUGGCGGAGGAGUCCGCGGCGGACGGGGCGCCGCUGGCCUCGGUGCAGCACCGCUACCGCGCCUGCCUGGACCCGCAGAGCGGGCUGCCGUGGGCCGGCGGCGAGGCCGCCUGCACCGCCGAGCUGCGGCAGGAGCGCCUCUGCCCGGAGCCCCGCGCCUGCCGAGACCUCUGCCUCUGGAGCCCGUGGGGCGCCUGGGGGCCCUGCCGGGAGCCCUGCAGCGGGGGCUUCCGCCUGCGCCACCGCCGCCCCCGGCCCCCGGCCGGCGCCGGGCACUGCCGCGGCGCCCGCUCCCAGACGGAGAGCUGCAACACCGCCGCGUGCCCAGGGCAGGCGUGCGAGCAGCGCGGCAGGGGCUUUGCUGCCUGUGCCAACGGGUGCCCCCGCGCCUGCGCCGACCUCUGGCAGCACGUGGAGUGUCUGCAGGGGGGCUGCAAGCCAGGGUGCCGGUGCCCUGAGGGGCAGCUGCUGCAGGACGGGGCGUGCGUGCCAGUCGCUGACUGUCGCUGCGGGCUCCCCGGGGCCAACGGCACCCAGGAGAUCUGGCCGGGACAGGUGGCCGAGGUCGAGUGUCACAACUGCACCUGCGGGAACGGGACCUUGGCGUGCCCAGCGGCGCCGUGCCCGUCCUACGGGCCCUGGUCCGCGUGGAGCCCCUGCUCCGAGAGCUGCGGAGGCGGCAGCACCUCCCGGCGCCGUGGCUGCGAGGAGCGCGCCGGCGGGGCGCCCUGCGCGGCCGAGGCCACGGAGCAGACGGCCGCCUGCAACCUGCAGCCCUGCCCCGCCGGCUGCCGGCUGAGCGACUGGUCCCCGUGGAGCCCCUGCAGCGCCAGCUGCGGAGGCGGCAUCUCCGAGCGGCGCCGGGCCCCGCUGCCGGCGCGGGAGGGCGCGGAGGAGCCGUGCCCUGCGCUGCCGCUGCUGCUGCACCGGCUCUGCAACACCCACAACUGCACGCCGGAGUGCCCCGGCGGGCAGGCGCACAGCGAGUGCGCCAACGCCUGUCCCCGCGCCUGCUCCCACCUCCGCCCGGGGACCCGCUGCGUGCAGGAGACCUGCGAGCCCGGCUGCGCCUGCCCCCCCGGACAGGUGCUGCAGGACGGCGCCUGCGUCGCCCCCGAGGAGUGCCGCUGCGCGCUGGCCCCCGGCGUGCCCUGGGCCCACAACCUCUCGCAGGAGGAGCAGCAGCGGGAGCACCUGCCGGGCAGCCGCGUCCACCACCGCUGCAACAGCUGCGUCUGCGUCCGCGGCGCCUUCAGCUGCUCCCAGCAGGAUUGCAACGUGGACUGCGUCUGGUCGCCCUGGUCGCCCUGGUCGCCCUGCUCCGCCACGUGCGGGCCAGGCGAGCGCCUCUCCCGCCGGCACCCGCUGCGGCAGCGCCUCUACGAGGGGGCCGAGUGCGAGGGGCCGGCCGCCCGCCGGGCCCCCUGCGACCUCCCGGACUGCGCCUGCCCGGCGGGGGAGCUUUGGCAGGGCGCCGGGGCGCCGGCGGGCUGCGAGCGGAGCUGCCGGGAGAUCUACGGGGAGCCGCCGCGCAACUGCAGCCGGGCGGCGGCGGGCUGCGCCUGCGAGCCGGGGCGCUACCGCAACGGCAGCGGGCACUGCGUCACGGCGGCCCGCUGCGAGUGCCUGCACCGCGGGCAGCUCCGCGAGCCCGGCAGCCGGUGGCUCGAGGACUGCGCCAGCUGCCGCUGCGUCAACGGCCGGGCCGCCUGCGCCGCCGCCGCCUGCCCCCCGCUCUCGUGCCGCGAGGGCGAAGCCGAGGUGCGGGAGCCGGGCGGGUGCUGCCCCGUGUGCAGGAGGGAGCUGCUGGGGGAGCCGUCCGCCGCGUGCCAGCUCUUCACCGAGGUGCGCAACAUCACCAAGGGCCGCUGCUCGCUGCGCGGCGUGGAAGUGAGCUACUGCAGCGGGCGAUGCAGCUCCCGCACCACCGUCAUCGCCGAGGAGCCCUACCUGCAGACGCUGUGCGAGUGCUGCAGCUACCGCCUGGACCCCGCCAGCCCCGUGCGCAUCCUGAGCCUGCGGUGCGAGGACGGCGAGGUGGAGCCCGUGGUGCUGCCCGUCAUCCACAGCUGCGAGUGCAGCAGCUGCCAGGGCGGCGACUUCUCCGAGCGCUGA